CUGCACCCGCUGGCUGCUUUGCACCGGUCUCCACAGCCACCCACUUUAUGUCAGGAAGGGAAGCCAGUGUAUUUCCUCCCCCUUCUUUAUCUAAAGGAAGUGCCAAAAUAAGCAUCAGCGGCGGAGCGCCCCAGCUCGGACACCUUUUCCACUUGGCCACUCGGUUGGAGUCUGAGGGAGAAGUCAGAGGAGUUCACGGCGGCAGAAACAACAUGAAGACCAUCAGAGUUCUCGUCCUCCUCCUGCUCGCAUCGGUCCACGUCUUCACACCAGUGUCAUCGGAUGAAUCAACUCAAGCAGCAACAAGAGAGUCCCCAGUAGUAUCAUCAGCAGCAGCAACACAAUCUCCAACAGAAGCAGCAGCAGCCACAACACAAGCCCAAAAUGACAACACAACACAACCAGCAACAGCAGCACCAGCAACAGCAACAGCACAAGCCCAGAAGGACGCAGCACCAACAGCUGUAACAUCAGCACCAAGCAUAAAAACUGCAUCUACAACUGCUCCUGCCGCCGGCCAAACUCAUGAGAGCGGAAAACCUGCGCCUGAGGGGACUGCCAACAAGAGCGUGAAACCUUCCAAUGCUCCUGUUUUAACAAAUAACUCCGCUACUGCAGUAUCUCCUAACUCAGGAGAGCAGGUUGAGACCAUACCUGAGGCUAGGACAGAUUCGACUAAUGUGAAUCAAGAUGAGAGCACUGAAAAACCAAAAGACACAGUCACAAUUGCAGCACCACCAGCAGUCGGCACGCAGCCAACACAACCAAGAGAAAAGCCUCGAGUUGCUGGUCCUACGACUGGCAGUGGUGAGAAAGAGACCUCCAAAUCAGACAAAAGGCUGUGGUGGAUCCUGUUGCCGGUCGUCCUGGUCGGAGCUGCUGCUGCCAUCCUCCUCAAAUUCAAGUGCAAGAAGGUCCAUGACCACACAGAAACCAUCGACACUGGAACUGAGAAUGCAUCUUUCCAGAGCCGGCCCGAGAGCACCAAAGACGGUGUCAUGCUCCUCGGGGUGAAGUCAUCAGGCGGAGAAGAGAAUGCGGCUGCGAGAUAAAGAGAAGGGCAGCAACAUCAACACCAGCCAGCGGAUGAGUCACACCUGUCGCCCACACGACGAUGGUCUGGAGGAAAUGUUUAGGUGUUUGAUUUUCAUUUCAGUUUUUGUGGAUUUCGUGAGAGAACUUGUGAGGCAGGUGUUUUUUUUUAAUGUUUGACUGUCUGCUGAAGGCAGUUAAACAGCUAAAGGAUGUAAAUCAUUAGAAGAUAAAAACUUAUUUUGAGUAUAUUGUUGACUAAGACAAAGGUAAAUGAAACUGCACAGCAUAUUUCAUUCUGCAUGUUGGACCACAGAACAUGUUUUCUGUACAGUGCACUGACCUCAGAUCUGUCGCAUGUUUGAUGUAAUUCACUUUAUAGUUUUACGAUCGUGCUUUGGGUUUGAACUUGUAGAUUAUAAUGUCACCAAGAACUGUCAUAAGAACUAUUUUAUAUGUAUUUUAGUGCUGUCUUUGAAAGGAGGAAGUUAAAGCAACAUUAUGCAAGAACUGGUAUAAGUACAGCUAGUCAUGUGCAUUUGGUCUGAUGACAUCACUUAUGAUCAAAAACUCAACACAAACAAACCUCCUGGUGUCCAAAAACUCCCGUGCAAGUGUUAUCAACCCCUUGGUGCUGGGCAGAGUCUGCUAGCUGCAUGGCUAACUGAGCUAACUGAGCUAACUGCAGCAUUUAGCAAUGAGUCAUGAGGGAGAAUUAACCUCCCGCUCAUCCAAGUUACAUGAUGCACGAGCCAGCGUGGGAGCGUCAGACACGCCGUUCUCACUGUCGCUAUGACAACUAUUAUUUUCAUAUAAACUAUUUUCAUGAUGUUGCUUUAAUUAUUCCAGCAGGCUCCUCCGGCAGACGCUUGUGUGUGUGUGUGUACGUCUGCAGGUAAUGUUGUGUGUCUUCUUCUCUCAGUAACUAUACAUUCAAGCACAAUGACACUGGAACUGCUUAACGGCUGGAAUUGUUUUGUUCACCUCAGUUUCCUCAAUAAAUCACGAGAAAAUGA